CCCCACUACCCUCUGAAGCCUAAACCCCCUCCCCCUCUCUUACUUGCAAUCACAAACAUUCCCUCUGUCUCUUUCGAUCACCAUGAACAAAGAACCUCUAACCACUGGAGAAUAAUUACAUGCAAGUAUUUUUCCUUUGAAAACUGAAAAAUUUAAUCUUCGUUUUAAAGCUCCAACGUUCUUGUAUAGGAUAACGCUCAGUCAGUGUUUGAUAAAAUGCCUUAGAAGAUAUCAUUAUCUAGCUCGGUUGAAAAUAUCAGGAAUUGUAUCCUGCGCUGUAUUUUAUUGCUUUGUUUCUGUCUUGACUCAUGCAUACAUAAGCAACACGUGAGACAAGGGCAGGUGUAUUGACUCCUGAGAGUUGGCCAGUUUUAUGCAUCUUAUACGUCUGGGAUACAAUUAAUGACUGAGACCUUUAAGAAAUGGCUAGAAGGGUCUGUAACCGCCUCAAAUUUCUUUCAACUUCUCACAAAUUUCAGAAACCAAUUCAUAUAAAAUCUCCCUCAGAUAUUUCAAGGUUGGGAUUUCAGUGUGAUUCAAUACUUGGUUGUUUGAGAAAUCAUACUGACGGAUCGUAUGGCCAAAUUGUACCAGCGUUGCGAUUAUAUUCCAGUGGUAGAGGUAAAUAUUAUGAUCUCUUCGGUAAUGGGAAACCAGGUGAUGAGGACUUUAGAAAAGCUUGGGGAAAUGAGACAGAUGAAGAUACAAGUUUAUGGACUGGAAGUGAUGAAGAUGAAGAUGAAGAUGAAAAAAGUAAUGCCAAGAAAAUGCAAAGCCGUCUGAAAAAAGAGAUGAGAAAAGCAGAAAAGAAGGCAAUAAAGGAUGCAGAACUUAUUGAUGGAGAUGACAGUGCUGAGUUAGAUAGUGUAUGGUCUGGAAGCGAUGAGGAAAAGACACUGUGGACAGGUAGUGAAUGUGAUGAUGACGACGAUAUCCCGACUGAAGCUUACCCAAAUGAAAAAAGUGAUGCCUACUUAGACAAGUUAUUUGAAUUCGAAGAGACACCAAAGUAUCGAACAAUUUCAGAAUUAUUGAAAUCUGAACAGGAACCAGAGUUAUCCCCGGGAAAACAAGCUAGAAAACUCGCAGUCGAAAAUGCACUAAAGAAGUUGAAGAAAGGGCCUGAUGGACGUUAUACAAAUGUUUGGGAGGUGAUGAGUGAUACAGACAUAUUAAUAGGUGCUUUUGAACAUAUUGUGUCAGGGCCAGAAUAUUCGGAGCUAAGACAAGGAGGACCCAAGAAGUUAGACAUGGAAUUCUUCAAGGAUAUACAAGCAAAAAUGAGAGACCCAAACUUCAAAUGGUCAACAGAGUUGAAGCUGAAACCUAAAAACAAACUUGUCUCAAGAAAAAAAUGGCAGAAAACACAGUCUAGACGGAGGAAAGCACAAAAACGUUGAGUUAGAGUUUCUCUCAGGACCGGCUCUGAAGCCUGGCAACCUGGGCUCCAACCAGGGUAAUAAGAAAAGAAAAACGAAUUUUUGGCACCACCCCUUUUUGUGGGGGACCAUAAUGUGGUUAGGGCAUCUGCCCUACGCUUAUAAGGUGUGUCCUAAAAUUAAAAAAUGAUUAGUUGUCGUUUAAUUAAAUAAAUAUGUUUUUUUUUUA